CCACUCCUCCUGUUCCUGAGCAUCCUAAUUGGUCUCUUCUCAGUUCUCCGAGGCCCAAGAGGAUAGAGAGAGCAUUGCACUCACACCGAGCAGCACUCGCUCAGCACUGGUCCUCUCCUCUCCUCUUCCCAUCUCUCCCUCAAAAACAAAACAGAUGGUGGAAAAACAGCACAUCUGCCCGCGCGAGCCGCAACAAUAGAUCGCAUUGAGCCGGAGUCGCGCCUGGUCAUGCCCGCGUCCGAGAGCAGCUAGAAAUCGGUGUGUGUGUGUUUAUUUGUUUUUCUUCAUUCGCCUUUCACAACGGCUGCCGAGGGAAGACCGCGCGUCUUUCUAGGCUCUCCAACGAGAGGAGAAGAUGGCCGCCAUUAAGAUUUUAACCAGCGCGGGGCUUUUCUUGGCGUUUUGCGCUCUGGUCUUGUUGGCUAUGGCCAUCUGCACCGAUUACUGGUACGAGACGGAUGCUCGGCGGCACCGAGAGCGCUGUAAGAACUACGCAAACAAGCGUAACGAUCCCGGAUACAUUUACAUCUCAAAUCACAACUUGCCGCUCCAGAUGCCACCGAAGGGCUACGAGAGGAAAGCGACGGAACCGCGCGUGAAGCGGCACAUCCCGGCGUCCGCCACGGCGAUGGAGUCUCACUGCAGCCGCCAGUUCAACUCCACCAUCUCCGGGCUGUGGAGGAAGUGCCACCGCGAGGGCUUUGACCUGCAGACCGAGGAUCUCAUUUUGAACGGGUUGAUCCAGAGAUGCACCCCAGUGAAGUAUCAUUACACCUCUUCAAUCCUGCCUCGAAACCUCCCCGCCAACAUCACCAAGACCAUCCGGCAGGAUGAGUGGCAUGCGCUGCAUCUGCGCAGGAUGACAGCAGGUUUUGUGGGCAUGGCUGUCUCUAUCAUCCUCUUUGGCUGGAUCAUCGGCGUUCUUGGAUGCUGCCAGCAACAUGAUCUCAUGCAGUAUGUAGCUGGACUACUCUUCCUCAUGGGCGGAACCUGCUGUAUUAUCUCCCUCUGCACGUGUGUGGCCGGCAUCAACUUCGAGCUGUCGCGUUACCCGCGCUACCUGUACGGCCUUCCAGAGGACAUCAGUCACGGCUACGGCUGGUCCAUGUUCUGUGCCUGGGGUGGGCUGGGCCUCACCCUGCUGGCCGGUUUCUUAUGCACACUGGCUCCUUCUUUAAGCAGCCCGCUGGCCCGCACCACAGUCCACAAGUCCAGGCACGAAAACGGGACUGUGUGACCAGACACUUCCUGGAGCAACUUUUCUGAAAGUCUGCAUUAGGACGAAAUGUUUGUCCUGUUCAUCCUCAUCAUGCAGUAUAUUGACUGGAUCGUCCCUCUGUCCGUUUUCAUAUGACUUGUGUACGCUGUCCAUUUGUUCAGAAGUCUAUAAGUGUUCUGAACAGAGUCCAGAGGAGCAAAUGGAUCCACACGCACAGACCACCGAGCAUCUUCCACUCUCUCACGUGUCUCACUCUGGUUCUUUGUGGCACAAAAAAAGCCCAAUUUUCACUUCUCCGCUUCAUGACAUGAGAAGCAAACCAGAGGUGAUGGUCUUCUCCUGUCUACAAGAAGAUUUGUAAUAAAAUGGUGCUCUCUUUUCAAAGAUCUCACAACUGCACAAACAUCUUUUCAAGAGGACAAAUAAAUGCACAGGUUUUUCUUCAAGCUGGAGGACUGUAAGCCUGAAAUCAAGAAAGGAGAGGUGAGAGUAUUUCUGAAGCACAUUUGCGAAAGCCUCAAAGAGUCUGUAUGCGUACAAAAAGUUUGAUUUUGUCUAGAUUUCUGGUCUGCAUUUGUAUGAAAUUAUCAGCACAGACUCAUUGGAAAUACCCGCCUCAGCCUAUAUUUUUGUGAAUACGUUACUCUGAGUACCGUCAGUGUAUAUUUCAGAUGACAAAUCCACUAGAGCAUUUUUGCAAAUCUAAAAUACGUUACUUAUGCUGGAUACACACUGAAAUAUUUAAACAUCUUAUAAGAUUGUUAAGAUGUUAGAGACCACAAACACAGGGACAAAAAAUAUCCUAGAUCAUCCUAGAACAGGGAUGGGCAAACUUGAUCCUCAAGGGCCGGUGUCCCUGCAGAGUUUUGUUCCAACACUAGUCAAACACACCUGAACAAACUAAUCAGUGUCUUCAAGAUCACUUGAACUCUAUAGGGAGGUCUGUUCAGGACACUGGCCCUCUAGGACCGAGAUUGCCCACCCCUGUCCUAGACCAAGCCAAAUCCUUUACCAUUUUGCUUGAAUAAUGUGUGCUGUGCCAUGAUGUAACAAAAACCACACGACACACACCAACAGAUAUUUAACCAGAGUCCCGAAUGUGAACACGAAAUCUCUCGAGACUAAUAAACAAAUAAACAUUUGUGUUGUUGCCACAAAUCGACAAGCUGAUCCUUUAUCUGUGCGGUCCAAAUAUAUUUUACUUUGAUGUGCCAUGACAGAGUUUGAUAUUCUUCUGUCAGCUUGAUUUCUGAUUGGAUAUUUAAUUUUUUCAUUUAUAUAUUGUUCAUAUAGUUUCAUUUAUUGACAAUCUCCAGCUUAUUUGCAUCUUCGCUCUGUUGAAUUUUUUUACAUUUGCGAUUGGGGCACCUCUGACAUUCUUCCUAGUAGAUUAGUUACAGAAACGUGAUCUCUAUUUUAAAUUGUGGCGGGGGUUUUUUUAGUCGGCUGCCAUUACAAAUUGUUGUGGUGGUGGUGUGAGCUGUGGUAUAGUUUCGCCCCUCCACUGUGAUUUCUUGGCUAGCUCAAUAGUGACACUGUUUUUUUCAAGUGUUGCGAGAUAAAAAACAGACCGCUCAGUAAAAUGUCUGCUCACAGUUCCUCGCUGCACUGCAGGUGCUCAGAAAAUGCAGUGUUAUCAUUGAUGACAACAACAGAAACCAAAACACUCAGCUCGAGAAAAAAAAUUACUUAUAGGUCAUUCUGAACAAACCUCACACCUCAUCAAAAUCUCAUCAUGUUGUCAUGUGUAACCAGCAUUAGAAUAAUAAUAACAACAAUAAUAACAAUUCCUUACAUGUAUUGCUUUUUCUGGACACUUGGUGGAGAGGAGACAGAGUGACAAAGCCAAUUAUUAUAUGGUUAGGAGGCCAUAAUGGACAAGGGUCAGUGACAAAUUUGGCCAGGGUUAAACCCCUACUCUGGAUGUUUUAAAUGACAUCCUGAGAUUUUUAACAAGCACAGAGGGUCAGGACCCCAGUUUAACGUCUCAUCCGUAAGAAAGUGCUCACUGAGCAGUAUAGAGUCCACUUCACUAUACUGGGAUGUUAGGACCCACACUGACUGCAGGUUAAGCACCCCCUGCUAGUCUUACUAACACCACUUCCGGCAGCAACCUAGCUUUCCCAUGUGGUCUCUCAUUCAGGUACUGACAGCCCUGCUUAUCUUCGGUGGGCGACCAUGUGAUAGUUGCAGAGACAUUUUGUUGUACGUUUCAGGUAAACAUCCUUCCUGUACAUAUCCAUGAGAAGGCAGGACUUGUUGUACAGAUCACCAAGCGAACCACUGACCUAAACCCAACCAAUAGUGCUUUUAAAAGCAAACAUAUUAGAAAAAUUCAACCACGUAAUUUUACAAACAGUUCUUAUUUUUCCAAUGUAUUGGAACCUGUGUGCUCUGCAUAAUAAGUACAAAACCAAAGCAACCUGACUACAUCAGAAAAGUUGUCAAUCUGGAGGUAGACAGGUCAGUUAAUUACAAACCACCUUCAAGUUUUUUGUGUGUGCUUAUUUGGUGCUGUUCAAAGAACUGCACAGAAAGAAUCAGUUUUAUCAAUAGUUUGUCCCUGCAAAUAUGAUUAGUGUGAAAUGAAACUGAUGAUACUGCCCCGUAGCUUUCAUUUUAGCUACAAAUCACACUCAAACGUAGGCUGAAGCCUGUAUUUCCAACGAGCCUGUCCUGCAAACUAGGCUGGGGAUACAAAGAGAGCCUUUUCACUCUUUGUUAUGAAGGUAAACAGUUGGCUUGUCUGUGGUACAGUAGCUGUUUUUUAGGGGGAAUCUGAUUGAAAUUAUUGUAACUAAAUGGCAUGUGAAUUACCAACCUAAUUUGUUUAUGAAAAUGUUUGUUGGAAGUCAUUUUCUCAUGAAGCCUUAUUGCUGUUGUGAGCACAACAUGAUAUGAACGAGAGUUACACAAGAGCUCAGCACCUUCCAGCCACUAAUGAAUGUUGAGUAGUCAAGAUAUAGUUGGAGGUUGAAGACUUUUAAGAGAAUUCAGUGUUACACGUGGUCACCAAAAGUUAUAUGAGGUCUACACAAUGCAGAAGCUUUUUUUCUGUUUCGGGAUAAAAAGAAAAAAAUAAUUGUGACUUUUUAUCUCACUAUUGUGUUUUUGUCACUUCAAGUUACAAGUAACAUCACAGAAGCCAGGAAUAGAAGACAGAUUGUAAAAGAGUUACAAUUAUGAGGAUUUGUUCUUAUAAUUUAAUGUUUCUAUAAUAGAAACGUGUGGGAAUUACAGGAUUUAACAUCAGAAUUGGCAAAAAUAAAUAAAAUUGUAGUUGUGGAAAUAAUAAUGUGCCAAACAUAGGCCUGAACUUAAAGUUGUAAGAAAUUCAUUUAUAAUUGACACAUUUCAUAAUUUUAAGUCCACAUCAGACAACUCUUAAAAUUUCCUGGUCAGAUUUGUACAAUAUCUUAGCCUGAUCUUACAAGAAAAAUGUAACUUUUUUUACGUUUUGUCAGUUUAAUGGCUAAUUCGUACAAGUUCAAUCGUGCGAAAAUUUCGCAAAAAUCGCCCCUAAAUACAACCACCAUUGGGGGAUGAGCAAAUCCUACUAAACUGUACAAAUGAGAUUGUAGGAAUUAAUACGUAUUAGCCACUAAAUCAAAAAGUUAUGAAUUGCUAUGAGAUUGUGUUGGAUAUCUUGACUCUACACUUUAAAUGAAGAAAAAAAAGACAAUUUGUUCUCCAAAUUGAAUGAAUAAAAUUGAGAAUUAGGAGAGAAAAAGUCAUGAUUAUUUUUUUUUUAACCUAUGGUAAAACUAGGCUUUCUUUAUAAACCCAGGCUCAUUCUGAAAACAUACCGCUAUAUACAUUUCUGGAGAGUGCCAAAUACGUCCCAGCAGGUGCGUUUUUUUGGAGAUCUCAAAUUUCUCUCGUGAGUGUCAUUCGCUCAUGCUGUUCUCGCAAAAAUCCACCAGGGGACGCUGUCGACUGACUGACUGACUGACUGACUAAUUGACUGAUCGACGGACCCAUCCUCCUCCUUCCCUAAUCCCAACCAACAGUGUAUUCAAAAGCACAGAUUGACUCGCCCACCAACUUUCCUAAACCAAACUAACAAUUUUAAACAGCAAUCCAGAAAAAGAAAAGCCCUAGCAGCAGCCUGAUUUUUACCACGUUUUCAGAUUUUACCACAUUCUUACCCUGUUAUUUACUUGUUUAUUUUAUUUUUUGGCUUCUGUUUUAGUCUAACACCGAAUUCAAACCCCGUUGUCCUGGUCAACUCUGUGUGUUUCAAGUCUGUCGAUGAACGGUGAGCUACUGGACAAAUUGGUAACAGUGGGAAAGCUGUCCAUACGUAGGUAAGCGGUCAGCUGGUAAGCACGAAAAGGAACAGCAUCAUAGCCGUAGCGUUCAUUUUAAAGAUGAAAUCCAGCCAUACAUACAUCUGGCUACAAAAAUCGCGAUCUCCAGAAAUGUACAUAGAGCUACAAUUUCAGAAUGAGCCUAUGUUGUCCAUUAUACAGAAAAAGAAUAAUGUACAGAAUUUAAAUCAAGACAAAGGAUUUCAGCAGCAGGGCGUUUAAUAUAUAACAAAUACAAGACACGCAACAAGCUAUAAUGUUUACAUCAUGUAAUGUUUCUAUGACGAAUUUCAAUUUCAACCAAACAAUAUUUAAAAAAGAAGAAAAAAAAAAUCAACAAGCCUGAAGGCUUUAAUCUAGUAAUAAUCUAGUAAUGCCUUUUUUGAAAGUGAGUGUGUCUCUAAGAUAUCUGAAUAAUUCAUACUGAUCCUUCUCUCACCAUGGAUAUUAUUUAUUAAGGAUGCUGUGAAAAGCACAGUUACCAUAAAUCAUUUAACAAUGCCUCACAUGUCUUUGCCAAAUGUACAUUCAUAGUCUCAGAGAAAUCACAAAAUCCAGAUCAAUCCUUGAGCACAAUAUACUGAUGUUGAUAUACAUGGAGGAGGUGGGAAACGCAAUAGUUAAUGCAAGACACUGCAGGUGAAAAGGAAAAUGAAAACAAACCAACUAGGAGUUUUACAAUUUCCCCGUUGACUGAUUACAUUUAUUCUAUUUAGAGUUCUCUAAUUUUUUUUCUUUAAAUAUGCAAAUCAGGUCAUGUUUAAUGAAAUAAGCACUAAUUUGCAUACAUUGUUUGCACAAAUAUUUAAAAAACUAGAUAUAGGUUUCAAUUUCUUGGUUUGUUUUCUGACAAAGGUUUUGAUUUUUUUUUAAUUAAUCCAUAAUUUAGAAAAUGCAGCUUUGCAGGUAUUUAACAGAUUUUUUUUCCAUUUUUUUUUGUAGAAUAUAUAUAUAUAUAUAUA